AUGAAGCUGUGUAACCGGGGUAUGAUGAUGCUGCUGACAACGGCGGGGGCUUUCUGCGCCUUCAGCCUCAUGACCAUCGCAGUGGGCACGGACUACUGGCUCUACUCCCGAGGGAUGUGUCGCUCCAAGAGCCAGAACGAAAACGAGACCGUCCGCAAGGAGGAGGUCCUGACGCACUCCGGCCUGUGGAGGACCUGCUGCACUGAGGGGACGUUUCGGGGCGUUUGCGCAGACAUUGAUCACUUUGCUGAAGACGCAGACUAUGAGCAGGAUGCUGCAGAGUAUUUACUACGAUGUGUCCGAGCGUCCAGCCUCUUCCCCAUCCUCAGCGUGGGAUUGUUAUUUCUUGGAGGCGUGUGUGUAGCUGCCAGUGAGUUCUACAAGUCGCGCUACAACGUUAUCCUCUGCGCGGGUAUACUCUUUGUCUCUGCAGGUCUCAGUAACAUCAUCGGCAUCAUCGUGUACAUAUCGGCCAACUCAGGUGACCCCAGCCAGAGCGACAACAAGAAGAGCUACUCGUACGGCUGGUCGUUUUACUUUGGUGCUCUGUCCUUCGUGCUGGCUGAGAUGGUGGGAGUCUUGGCAGUGCACGUGUUCAUAGAGAGGCACAGGCAGCUGCGCACGAAAGGCCGGGCUUCCCUCAUAAAGCCGCCCAUCUCCCGCAGCUCGUCUUACUACCGCCACCGCUUGUACCAGAACCGCUCCCGCCGAUGUAGCUACAGGAGCAACCACAGCGCAGCGGACUUGACCAUGCAGUCCUUCAGGGCGUCCUUGGUGCAGGAGCGAGAGCCGUCCCUCUCUUCCGAAUCCAAAGUCGCCGGCAUGGCGGGUUUGCCAACACCAAUGACAGUGGACUCAGAAUUCAUGCUCUACACGCUAACCUCUCCGCUCAACGACGGAAAGUUUGACAUGGCUGUGGAUGAUUUGAACCAUGUUGCUAAUCACAACAACACAGAGAUGCUGCCGGGAAACUGCGCUGCCAACAGAAGGACCACGCCUGUGUGAGGGGACAUUUUCUGCAGGAGGGACAUGUACAGUGACGAUUCACAUCUUAAAUGAGGGGAGAACAUUGACUUUGAGGAAAUCCUCACCUCUUAAGUAAAGCCAGAGGAAAGACUUUGGAUAUAUCGAAGUAGCGUUGACUAGUCUGUUGAUUUCUUGAUUCAUUGUUUGGUCUGCGAAUGUCAAAGAACUGUCGAAACAUCUUUUCCCAGAGCCCAACAUGACUUCUCUAAAUUAUUUGUUUUGUUAACAGGGCAAAACUCCAACGAGAGUCAGUUUACAAUUUUAUAAAAUAAAUGAAUUCAGCAAAUUCUUAUGAUUAACAUUCUGGAGUCAGAGAAUGAUUAUUAAAUGGGACUCAACAAAGAACCAACAGCUGCCUCAAGCUGCACCAAAUUCCCUCAUUCAUAGCUAUCAGUCCCCUAAAACCUGAUUCUGAACGUGCCUGAUUUUAAAAAAAAUCGAGAUCCAUGAAAAUGAUUUUAUUUUUAAUUCUAUCUCACAAUGUAAACAUAGAAUAAAAAAAAAUCCUGGAUCUGCUCCCAAAACAGAUUCUUCGCUGUCCCAUUUUUUUUGCUUCGAUAUUGCAGUUUCUACACCUGUAGUAAGUGCGAACGAUUGUGCAUUGUAAAACAAGUAUGUGUGUGUGUGAGACACGGCCACAGAGAGAGACACAGAGACGAGCAGCAACCAGAAAAAUUAAGAAUACACUGAAAAUGAACACACGCACAUGGGAGUGACGUAACUGUCCUGUUCCUGUCCUCCUUUCCUGGUAGCAGGCACGAAAUCGAAACCCCAUUUAAUGCAUUAAAACUCUCUCUAUCAGUCUCUCACUGUGUUCGCGUGCCAUUGUGUUUAUUUGCGUGAGCAUCUGAGCACGCAGAAGGUCGUUCCCCUGUGGUUGUGCCAUCGAG